AUGACUUCGUUGCCGGAGUUGAGGCGGCAGCCUCCGCGCGAGGGGAUGCCGCGCGAGGUGGUGGCGUGGAUCCGCACCCUGCAUCUCCCGCGCGUUGUGCGGCACCCAAAGCGCGACUUAUCCAACGGCUUUCUGGUGGCUGUCAUCUGCUCGCGCUACUGGAGUAGCGUCAGCAUGCACUCCUACGAGGACAGGAUGAGUGCGGCGCAGAAGCGCAGCAACUGGGAGAUGCUGCAAAAGCAGUUUGCCCUGAACAAGUGCCCGCUGAGUGAGCGCAUGAUUGAGGGGAUGAUGGCCGGCCGUGAGGACUACGCCAACUCCUUCCUUCGGCAGCUCUACACACAACUCACGGGGCGGGCGAUUGUCGAGGCGGCGCCGCUGCCUGCGGCGGAGGUGGCGCAGCCAAAAACGCUCCUGCCGCAGUCGGCGCCGCCCGUGACGUCCACUAAAAUCAACGUGGAGUUUGCCGCCCCGGCCGUCGACAGCCGCACGACGUCGACGACGCGUGUGCGGGAGCUCCGGUCCUCGAACGUGGCCGCGUUGGCCUCGUCAGAGCACCCCCCGCCCGUGGCGGCGGCGAAGAAGCAAGUCAUUCACGCCAUUGCCGAAGAUCAACAGAGUAGCGACGCGGGUGACGAGGCGGCGGCGAGCGACCUCGAGUCCGCCGCCAGCAACGACGGCGCCGCUAAGAAGAAGCGGAACUGGAAACCGCCGAUGGACUUCUCCGUGUCGCUGCGCCCUGCGGAGUUGCGGCAGACGGUGGUCCGUCCCAAACCCAGAGACAAGAGGCAGCCGACACCGCGGGAUGAACAAAAGCGGCAGCAGCAGCAACAACAACAACAGCAGCAACCCGAUGAUGCUCCGUCCCCCAAUAAUGAAGCCACAGCGCUGGAUUUCAUCGAGUACAUUGUGCGGACGCAGGCGGCCGACCAAGGCUGGAUGUGUGCUCGCGACUCACCUGCGCCCUUUACGGACUACUUUCUGCGUGAGGAGUCCAAAUUGGGGGCACUGCUGCCGCGCCGUCUGUGGAGUGCGCUGCUUGGCAGCGUCAGUGAGUUGACGGACCGCGUCUUGCGGCAGGGCGGCUCCAUGGCCGACAUCGCCGCCCUCUUCUUGCGAAGUCUGCCGCCGGAGGAGACGGGCGAGGGGCUGGGGCGCCAAUCGUCACAGCAUUCCCUGCAGCCGGGGGACGGCUCCCCAGCGCCGAGGCUUUGGAAGAAGAAGGCGCCUCCGAGAGGGAACUCUGGGCCGCAGCGAUUUGUCUUCCUCGCGGCGAUGCUCUCAAGCCUCUCCGACGCGGAUACCUUUCUUGCUAUAUCAGUUUACUGCGACGACGUCCUGUCCCGCUCCGCAGAGGCAAUGAGGACGCUUGACCACGCCACCGCUGACAGCUACGCCUCGCUUCUUUGUGCUGCUCUGCCCGCCAACCGAAGGCUCGCCGCGCGACUUCUGCCUGACGUGCUCGUAGCCGUCCACAGCGCAGUUGCAGCGUCUACCAGGGUUGAGGCAAGAAUCAGCUAUUGCCUUUUCCUGCGGGCGCUGCUCCUGCGCCUUGCGCGUACUGUGUUUCGGGGUUCGUCGCGGUCCACAAAAUCUUCUUCCUUUGCCACGAACACCUUGUCGGCAACGGCCAGCGAUCCACUUGCUGCCGCCGCUUUUGAAGCCAUUGUGCCCAAUGUCCUGGCAGCUCUCUCGCAUGAAUCGUCAACGGUGCGGCUUGUGGGAGUCCACCUUGCAGAGGCCCUCGCCUUCACGGGGUGUCCCCCUGCACGCUCGCUUGGAGACAUUUUGCCUCUGCUAAGUGCCGGCGUCAAAUUCGCUUCGCCGCUGUUUAACUGCGUCGGCGCGGCGUGGCUGCGGACCGCCAUGAAAUGCCUCAGCGACCCCUACGACGACCACGCCCCGCCUGACGCCGAGGGCGGGGCGAUAGAGAAGGAUGAGCUGUGCGCACAAGCGGCGCCGCAUCUGGCGGCGAUGGUGCAGCACUUCUCCGACCUCCUGAUGGCACCCGGGCGGCUGAAUGCAAAGACCUACGUCGCCGAACAACUAGCCCUCUGCCUUGACGACAUCCCCAGUGAGGGCAAACUGCAGAGCUUUUUUAACCCAGAGAAGGUGGCAAGGUCCGUCUUUUCCGUCUUGCAAGGCGCCCCAGCUGAGCUUGUGGCGGGCUUUCUCACACCGCCGUCGUCGACGGAAGGCGGCGGGAGGGUCAAGGGGGCACAUAGUGGGCAGGUGGCGUUGGUGCCUGUGAGCUCCUCACUGCUUGGUACGUUGCGUGUGGACAGUUCGCUGCGCGACUGUUACCCGCUGGCGCUUUCUGAGGCGGUGCUUUUAGUAUUUCCACCAGAGGCGGUUCGUCGGCGGUCAUCGGCGCGACCCGGCCGCAACGUUUCAGGCCAGGCCGCAGGUGCUGAGGGGACGCCGAUGACGCCGCAGCAGAUACUUGCAAAGGCGACGCUUCUGCUGCGGGACCGCGUGGUGCCGGCCGACGUCGCACAGCGCGUGACGUGGAUGUACAAAGUCGUGGUCGCCUGCAGAAGUGGCUUUGGUUUUCCGGAACGCCCCGCGUCUCUCAGCGAGGCGGCCGCGACGAAGCGGUGGAUUGCCGUCAUGCGGCAGAUGUACCGCGAUGUCGCCGUGCUUGUGGCUGCGGCGGAGAUGCUGUGCACGCAGAAGGGCGCCUUGACGGACGACGCCGCGAACGCCAUCGCGAAGCUGGCGGGGAUGGCGCAGCAGAUAGUGCUGCGGUGGCACGUGGAACUCAAGAAGGAGGGGGCGCUGCUGCUGAAGAGCCCCACCGCAGCUCUGCCCACCUCCUCCGAGCGCAUGACGGGGGCGAUGGCGUGGUAUCACAACUCCUUUGCCGAACUCGCGCCAAAGGAGUCGCCGCCGCCGCAGCAGCAGCAGUCGCAUCGACCGUCACGCCACUUCUCUGCGUCGUCCUCUCGCCCUGCGGAGAGGAAGCGGUGA